AUGAAAGGCACAGCUCGACACCUGCAGCGGGCUCUGCAGCAGGCCUCGGCCCCCUUGCGAGAGUCCCAGGCACUGCCCCCCGACACCCUGACACGGCAGAGCAUGGCCAUCCGCCAGGCGGGGGGCACCGGGUUUCCGGCCAGUGCCGACAGCCUGGCCUAUGACUCCAGUCAGUCCCUGCUCGUGGUGGGCACCAGCGACGGCAGGAUCAAGCUGAUCGGGGCCCUGGGUGUGGAAGCUGUCCUGCAAACGCCGUCGCAGUCUCCCACCUCCUACCUGGCUUUCCUGGCCAACAGGGGCGCCAUCCUCCGCGUCACCCAGCUGGGCGACAUCCAACUGUUCAGCAUAGACUCCUUCAAGCUUGUAGCUUCCACGUGGCUGCAGGGCGAUGCCAUUACGGCAGUCACACCCCUGCCCUCAGCCCCAUACCUGCUCAUAGUAACACCCAGUCAAACGGGCGGCAGAGGCCCUGUUGUGGCCCUGGCCACCGCUGCGCACGUGCCGGGCCUGCCGCUGCUCCUCCUCGUGUACCGCGACUCCGGGGCUGUGGUCUGGGACAUCAGGGCUCAGCGCGUGCUGUGCGCUGGUGGGGACCCCGGGGACAAGGAGGUGCUGCCCACCGCGGCCUGCUGGCUCGGGGACCAGGCCGACGGAUUCGUGAUGGGCUACGAUAACGGCGCCAUCGCAGUGCACGCCCUGACCUCGGGUGCCUGGGCGAGGGGCACCCAGGCAGGCGCUGCGCCCCCGUCGACGGAGGUCGUGGCACACCUGUGCAAGGGCAGCCACCGCUCUGGCCCCAUCCUCUCCCUGGCGCUGGUGCUCGGCCUGGAGGACCUGGGCCCCUGCCUGCUGGUGCGAGGCGGGCAGGACAUGGGCGAGCCCGACAUGCUUUCCUUCCUGCCCCUGCAGCGCAGCCGGGGCCCCGCCAAGCUGGUCCCCUGGUUCGGCGCGGUCCAGGGCCACGCCCUGGUGCCCCGCCUGGGGUCGCUGGCCCGUGAUCCAGAGGCCCCGCUGUCCCUCCUGGUCCUCACGGAGGGCGGGCAGCUGGUGGUGCACGACCUCGCCACCUGGCAGCCCAUGCCGCUCACCCUGCCGUUCCAGGAGCUGCCGCCCGUCACGGUGAGCCUGCUGGUGCCGACCCUGGGUCCCUCCCACACACACGGGCUGACCCUGGAGGCGGUGCGUGGGUGCAGCAGGCGGCACGCGGGUGGCGGCGCGGCCUUCGCCCCGGGGCCAGGAGACUGGCCGUUCACGGGGGGCCGGGCGGCGCUUUUGGACCCCGGCGCCGCGGCCGCAGGGGCACACCCGGCCGGACUGCUACUGACCGGGCACAGAGACGGUCGGGUCAGGGUCUGGGAUGCUGUCGCACAGGUGCCGGAGCUGCUGAUGACGGUGCCAGCCUCCUCUGGGGCCGAGCGCCUGCACGCCGUCACCGCCAUCGAGGCCUGGCCCGAGGCUGGGCUGGUGGCCGUCGGGUACGCCGGCGGAAAGGUGCACAUCUUCCAGUUCUGCCCCACCUCCCGCGUGACCAACCGGGUGAACCUGGAUGAAUCAGGCGUGCCCUACAGCCAUGUGUCUCAUCAGCCCCCUGGCUUCCAGUACAUCCUGCGGUACAGCCGCCACACCAGCGACAUCGCGCUGCUGGCCCUGGUCAGGGCCGAGGCCCGGCUCGCGGUGGUGGACGCCGCAGGCCUCGUCUCGCACCUGGACAUCUCUGUCCCCGCGCAGGGCGGCGAGCUCGCCGCCUCGCCGCUGGGGCCCCUGUCCCACCUCCUCCCCUUUUUCGAGCUCGGAGCGGAACACAGGGCGCUGCGGUACUUGGCGGUGGCACGCGACGGCGCGCUGUGCCUGCUGGGCCCUCACCCCAGCAGCCCCAUGCUCGCCGGCCCUCUGCGCCCCAAGUCCGAGGCCCGCCCCCUCAUGGCCACCCUCCUGGGUGUCGACGGCCGCAUCCUCCGCGAGCAGGUCCGCGCGGUCGCGGACGCGGGGCCUCCAGACGAGCUGCCGCCCGCCGAGGCGCCGGGCUUCAUCGUCGUCUGCACCGAGCACCACCUGCGCCUCUAUGCCUUUGGCACGCUGGUGGAGGGCGCCAGCCGUGCCACGCUGCGCAAGGUGGCCUUUGCCAGCCCCGCGUACUGGGCAGGGGCGGCGGGGGGCGGCGGGGUCAGGGGCACUGCGCUGGACGUGGUGGAGGGCGCCUCCCGCCUGCCCAUGGGCGUUCUCAAGGAGCUGGACCGCGCGCGCGUGGCCGGCGUGUCCUCGCUCCAACGCCUGACCAUGCCGGGGUCAAGCGGCGCGCAACCCGACGCCACGAGCACGCUGCCCAGCGUGGAGGACCUGUUUGGCGCCGAGUCCAAGUCCGAGUCCGAGGAGAGCAUCGACCUGGACUACCUGCCCGACGAAGUGGAGCCCGGGGCAUCGGCAACAGGGCACAGCCUGGGAGCCGUCAAGCCGGUGGCAGAGGUCGGGGUCGACGGCGUGGCCGGGGUGAUGGCCGAGAACAUGCAGCGCCUGGGGGAGCGCGGCGAGAAGCUGUCCAGGCUGGAGGACAGGACGGCGGAGCUGGAGGAUGACGCCGGCAACUUUGCCUCUCUGGCCAAGCAGCUCGCCGAUGGCUACUCCAAUCGCAAGUGGUGGCAGAUGUGA